AAACAAAACGUGGCCUUCAAAAUGUCCGUUCCGGAGAACAGUUGUAGGCGGUUGAUACAAAAAAAUUGGGUUGACGGUCCAUGCAGGAAGUGCUUCGAAUCCACCUGCGGGCCAUGCGUCGACUACAAGGUAUCAAUGCCGGCAGCAGACGUGGCUGAUCCCCAAGCGGAUGUUGUUAAGGCGGUCAUUGAACCAGAUGGACCUGUGCGUCAGGAGAUCAACAUCCGGGCGGAGUGCAGCAAGGGACGUCCGCUCCUCGAAUCCGACAAGGACAAGCUGCGAUGCUGCACCAUGUGCGUGGCCCAGGAGCAGAACCUGCACCCUAAUCUUUGCUCGGCGCAAUGCCGACCACUCAAAACCUAUUUGCACCUGAAUGAGUGGACCAAGCGACCACUUCCCAAGCCCACAUACAAACAUUCUGUUAUCCUGGACAAUAACACCAUAGUAGGUCGGUGCUUCCCGAUGAAAUUCCAGCUGAGACGCUUCAAAAGGAAUUGCCUGGACUGCGGAAAUGAACUCUACUACCGGUAUCCCAUCACAAACAACAGCGACCUGCUGCUGAUCAAGAACUGCUGCGAAGUGGAGGUCUACCCCGCCAAGAAAGUGGAAAAUAUGAACAACGUGAGGGUGACCAAGAUAUCUGGAGUCAAGAAGUUCGCCAACAGUCUGCUGAAGGAGCACUCCGAGUGCCGGUUGUUCACCUUGGCCAGUCAACUUGAGAAGCAGAAACCACCAUUGGCGCUGGACGCUAGAAUAAGUCGGAUGAGCCGGAAAAGCCGGAAGAGCAGGAAGAGCAGCAGAAAGAGUUCUAAGUUCGGCAAGAUGGGUAAAAAAUGAUAGCAAAAACAACAUCGAAGACUAACUAAGCACAUCCUAUCUGAAUAACACCGAAAUCAAGGAAGACAGAUUUGAAUAUAGCUCGUACACUCACUAAAAAUUAAUAAACUCGGCUCAAAAACCAA